UGUCAAUUAUAAGUUGACAUUUUAGCUGAUUUAUUUUUCCAUAACGAAUUAACAAAACAAAGUGAAAAAAUGGGCAAAGGAUUCAACAAUUACAUGUGCAAAAAAUUCUUCCAUCCUGCCUCAAGGGAUAAUUUAAAGCGGGUAUGGAUGGCAGAACAACAAGCUGAAGCUUAUAAGAAAAAGCAGGAAGAACUUAGGACACAGUAUGAGAAAGAGCAAAAUUUGCAUGAAAACAAGGCCAUGAUUAGCAAGGAGAGCAAAGAUAGGCUAAGUGUUAAUUUCAUGUAUGAGCCACCGCCAGGAGUUCGUAAGGAACGCGAGAAGGAUGACAAUGAGCCAGAAUACAAAUUCGAAUGGCAGCGCAAAUAUAAUGCACCUCGUGAGUCCUAUUGCAAAGGAGACACUGAGAUACGUGAUCAGCCCUUUGGUAUUCAAGUUCGAAACGUGCGAUGCAUAAAAUGCCAUAAAUGGGGUCACAUAAACACCGACAAGGAAUGCACAAUGUACAGCAUAUCCAUGAGUGAGGCAAGAAAAUUACAUUCGGAAGCCGAAGCAGCGGAUAUAAUGACUAAAUCUGUGCUGGAGGAGCAAAUGAAGAGUGAUGGCCUGAUGAUGAAGCGAUCCGCAAUGGAGUUGCAAAAUACGAAUAAACAAAGGCACGCUCUGGUGCCCAGUGAUCCUGAAGAGGACGACGAAAAAGCUAAUGGAAGAGACCUGAAUCCUGAGAAGACGUUUCUGAAAUCGUUAAGCAAAGAGCAAAAACUGAAACUAUUAAAAAAAUUGGAAAAAAUUGAAAAACUUAAGCAAAGUAAAGAUAGGAAGGGGAAAAUCCAGAAGAAAGGCAAAAAGUCGAAGAAAAAAUACGAAGAGAAGAAAGAGGGGAGUAAGAAGAAAAAAUCAAAAAAGAGGGAGUCUUCAUCAUCGGAAGAUUCCUCAUCUUCCUCCUCGUCCGAUUCGGAGCAGGAAAGAAAGAGUAGGUCCACUCGCAAGGAAUCUCGGCCAGAUGAGGCCCGAAGAGAUAGAGAGCGAGAUAGGAGAUCGCGUUCCGGAGAAACAAAGAGGCACCGGAUAGAUGACCACCGUGAUCGCAGGCGAAGCAGGUCCCAUUCAAAUGAAAGGGACAACUAUCGCUAUAGACGUUAGUAUUUUGUAUAAAAGAAACACAUAUCCAACUUUCCAAUAAAAUAAAACGAUUUUUUUUUUUUGUUUUAAAACAAAGUUGAAAAUUAA